AUGGCGCUUAGCAAAGACGAUCUAGCUGUUGGCUUGAAAGUAUUAACGACAGUCACCACUGGCUGCUACACAGGUGGGGCAUGGUUCUUGCUGUUUGGAGCAGUGCCUACAGCUAGAAGUCUAAAACCAAGCUGUUGCCUGAAAGUGACAAAGUCGGUAUUUGAAAGAUGUGCACCAAUGGCUGUAUUAUCUCUUGGUCCAAUGUUAGGUGGUGCUGGUGUGUAUCUUUUGUCACGUGGUGGGAACCAAGAAGAUAACUGUGGGUGGAUUUUGACUGCAUGUGUUUUUGGCGCGAUGCACCCUUACACUUUGAAGUUUCUGAUGCCUAUAAACAAUCGUGUCCUAAAUAAGGAAUUACCAGAAGAUGAAGCACAUUCAACCAUGGAUAGAUGGUGGAAUUUUCAUUUAUGGCGUACAAUUGCUGCCAGUGGAUGCUUUGUCUGUCUUUCUUAUUUGAUAGCAAAGCAAUAG